AUCCCCUCACAUGAAGUCGAUGUGAAAAUACGAUAAUGCAUAUUUACGUUAAAGUUCUGAAAGGAAAUGAAAUAGAAGUAGCUGUGUCUCCAAGCCAUACCAUAGAAGAUGUCAAAGGUAUUUUGGAAAUGCAAUUUUGUAUGCCUGCAGCUCAGCAGAAACUAGUAUACAAGGGAAAGACACUAACAGAUGGAAAGAGACUCUCAGAUUACCACAUUUCUGAUGGAGACAAAGUGUUUCUUUUCCAAAAGAAGGGUGACAUGUCUGGCACAAGUACACCCAUUACACCAGGCCAGACAGCUGUAGAAAUGCCUGCGGCACCCAGUGAAGUAGGAUCCUGUAGUACAACAGUUCUGUGGGAUAAACUUCUCGACUUUUUACAGAGACACUUUACUAAAACAGAUGCACAGAAAGUCCUUGUAGAAUUUCAAAAGGAUUUUUAUGCACAGCUGAAAUGUCUAAGCCUUGAUGAUAUAGAGAGACUAGCAGCAAAGAAGCUACGUGCUAACGCCAAUGGAAAAGUGAAUGGGCACGAACACAUGACUUGAUAUUAUCAAUUUUAUUAAUACUUCUUUGAAUUUGACUUUUAUUACAAUUCUCUUCAUGUUUUAUCUGGGAUGGUCACAGGUUAAUGGAUCCACAACAACAGAAACAAAUGUUCCCUGUUCUGUGACCACAUGUAUGUAUCUUUACAUUAUUAGACAGUUUCCUCAUGUGUCAGUUGAGAGUGACUGGCUCUCCAUUCAUGGGCCAGGUGUGCUCCUGGGUCUUCACUAACAAUUUGUGUGUUAUACUUUUUCAAUUGUUUGGUUGUAAAUGUACUGUACUAAAUGAAGCAUAUGAGAUCAGUACUCUACAUAAUGGGGGAUUGUAACACUCAUGUAAGACUGCAUGUAUUAGACAUUACAACUGUAUCAAACUAAUUGUAUUUAAAAUCACUAAUUUAAUUAGAUUGAAAAUGAAAUUUGCGAUCCUGUAUUUCAUCAUUAUCAAACCAUUUUUUGAAUGUUGUAAGAGAAGUUGACACCAGUGUAAAUGACUUGUGUCUUCCCUCCAUAGAAAUCUUUUUAUUUUCUGAUUGAAAACCUUUCAUAUUUAUAGUAAUUUUUCUUAAUAGUUGAAUGAGCAGAUGAUGUUUUUUUCUGUAACAAUUACUUGGUAAACCAUAUUAUGCUUGUGUAAAAGGCUACCUGUUACUUGGUCUUUUCAAGUUUAAUUUCUCUUCUAAAAUUCAAGAAUAUCUUUAAUAUAUAUCUGUAGCUAUGCCUGCAAAACCAGGGUUGCCUGAUCCUAAAGAUCCGAGAUGAAGGAGUAUUACAUGAAUAAAAGAAUAACAAUGCAGGCCCACGAGGAUUUUUGUUUAUUCUUACAAGGAACAUUGAAGUAUUUCCAUAAAUUUUUCACAAAAAUGAAGCCAUAUGUGUAAUUGACAGCUGAUAAUUCUACAUUGAAUUCUGGUUUCAUUGAAGCAUUUAUAUUAGAUUGCUUCAUGUUAUACUUCAAAUUUCUAAUUGCAAUGAAUUAAGAUAAAUUUCUGAAAUUUAAAGUGGUCUCAAGUAAAGAGACUUUCAAAUGAAACUUGUGUGAAAACCUAUGAAAGGUCUACUGCAGAAUAAGCUUGUGCUUUAUGCACUUUUUACCAUAGAUAUCAUUAUACAUGUAUGUGAAGUGUAAUGUUUAACUUUCUGCUGACUUCUGUUAAUGCACAUUGUUUUACUUGGUGGGAUACCAUAAAAAAGACCAAAUGAAUUUAAGAAAGUAAAAUUACAAGGAUUUUAAAGAUUUAUUUAUCAGCGCUAUGAUGUAUAUGUAAUGAUUGUGUGUCAUUGAUAUCUAUUAAAGUAUUUGAAAUCAC